AUGGAGGGAAAAAGCUUCCUGGCGGCCUUGGAGAAGGAUGCCCGCGAGCGAGCGAGGAGGAGGAAGGAAAACGAAGCCUCAGCAAACGCCCUGAAAGAGAAGGGGAACGACGCUUUUGCCCAAGGGGACUAUGCUUUGGCUGUGCAAAACUACACGGAGGGCUUGAAGAAGCAGAAGGACAUGCCAGCCUUGUAUACCAACCGAGCCCAGGCCUACAUCAAGUUGCAGAAGUACGAGAAAGCCAUUGAUGACUGCAGUUGGGCGUUGAGGUGCGAUGAGAAAUGCACCAAGGCUCUCUUCCACAUGGGAAAGGCGUACCUGGCCAAGAAGCAAUUCCAGCAGGCCAGGGAAUGCUAUCUAAGGAUUUUAAAAUUUGACUCCCAGAAGGAGAAACUGUGCAAAGAUUGUAUCAAUGAAAUAGACCUGGAGGAAAAAAGGCUCAGCGAGGAGGAGGCAGCGUCAGAAGAUCUGAAGACUGGGAAACUCACCGCCGUUGCCGUGAGCGAGAUGCUCCAGAAACUCAGCAAACCGGAUCAGGACCCCUUGUAUUACGCAGGAGGCCUUCAGCUUCUGACUGACCUGGUUCAAGCCUGCCCCGAGCAAACCUUGUUUAGGACGAACGGCGGUUUCAGUGUCCUCAGCAACAACAAGGUCAUAGAGCGGGUUCUCAGCGCCAAGAUCAACUCGCCUGCUGAACUGGAACUGGCUUGCUCGCUGCUUCUCCUCUGGCAAGCCGUCUGCAAAGGGAACGAAGAGAACCAGCGGCUGCUUCUAACUCAUCCCAGGGUCAACGUGCAGCUACCCGCCUUGCUGUGCUCGGAGGCGCCCGAAGUCCAGGAAGAGUGCCUGGCUCUGCUGUGUCUGUACGCCAAGACGGAGCAUGGGAGGGUCCUCUUAAUCAGGCACCUGAACACCACCAAGUGGCUACAGACGUUGAUAUCCUUAGUUAAAGUUGCUGACAGCAGAGCUGACAGCGCUAUGAAUUUGCUGACCUAUUUAAUCCUGGAAGAAAACUUCAAAAUCCAGUGUCGUAUUAAAUUGUCCACGGAGGCCUUGCCAAUCUUUAUUCAGUUGCUGAGUUCUUCCAAGCCACUGAAUGAGGCGGCCCUUAGCCGGUGCAUUGCCCUCCUGGGAGAUCUCUGCUCAGACAUGGUCAUCCGGAUGCAGAUGGCUGAAAAUCAGGAAUGCUGGCAAGCGUGCUUAAGCUUCGCGAAUCAGUGCUGGACCGAAAACAGCAUCACCAGGUAUCCUGAGUGUUUGUAUGCGGUCCUGGGCCUCAUGAUGAACCUCUCCCUGGAACCCAACUCAGUCAUCGAGGAACUGGCGGAGGAAAUCUGUGACACGUGCAUGUCUCUCUUCAACAGCCCAGACGGGAGGAUCAUCUCCAGAGCUGUGGGGCUUUUGAGUCACAUCCUGCCGGCGAGUCUAGGGGCUCUGGAAGAAGCUGUGAGACGAGACGUGGUGAGGAAAAUGAUCCGGUUUCUGAAGGCUGGCGGGCAAACCACGACCAAUUAUGCCAUGAAGGUCCUUGCAGCUUGUGCCAAGAGUAGCCGGCUGGCUCCGAUGCAGAUUGUGAAACUGGAUAAAAAAUGCCGCCUGUUGCUGAAGCUUCUGUCCUGGCCGGAUGAGGUCGUGGCAGGGAAUGCUGCUUUCUGCCUGGGGAAAUGUCUGGAGGUGCCUGGAGCAGCCACGACCCUGCUCGACACGGAGGUGGUCAGGAUCCUCCUGAGAGCCACCACUCGCAAUGCGCAAAGGCCUUACGUGCAAGAGAACGCCGCCAUAGCUUUAGGGAAGCUCUGCACCGCGGACGCCAGGCACACCAGCCGGCUGCGGGAGCUGAACGGAAUGGGAGCCCUGAGCGCUUCCGUCAGGAAGAUGACAGGCCCUUAGGAUGCCGGCAGAUGGUCCAGAGAGGGUUUAUGUGC